AUGCAGCCCCUGGUGAUGCAAGAAUGGCCCUAUGUCCUCCCACGAUGUUCUGAGUGGCAUGUCACAGACCAGGCGCAGCACAGCAGCAGCAUGGCUUCCCCUUUGCUGCCUGUAGUAGUUGAAGCCUCACAGGAUGGCGCAGGACCUUCGUGUGUAACCCCCCGGGCUCUGAGCGGUGCCGCCAGGCCCCAGGCCCCUUUGGAGAUGAAUCUUUGCUGGAAUGAGAUCAAAAAGAAAUCCCACAGCCUUCGGGCUCGACUGGAGGCCUUUUCCGACCACAGUGGGAAGCUGCAGGUGCCUCUCCAGGAGAUCAUAGACUGGCUCGGGCAGAAGGAUGAGGAGCUCUCAGCGCAGCUGCCCCUGCGGGGCGAUGUCCUCCUGGUGCAGCAGGAAAAGGAGAUGCACACGGCUUUCAUGGAAGAAGUGAAGUCUCGGGGACCAUACGUUUACUCUGUCCUGGAGUCAGCACAGGCCUUCCUUUCCCAGCAUCCAUUUGAGGAAUUAGAAGAACCAACUUCAGAAAGCAAAGAUGUCUCUCCCCGGCACCGGAUCCAAAACAUCAGCCGCUUUGUCUGGAAGCAGGCAAACGUGGCCAGUGAGCUAUGGGAGAAGCUCACGGCUCGGUGUGUGGAUCAGCACCGUCACAUUGAACGGACAUUGGAGCAGCUGCUAGAGAUUAAAGGGGCCAUGGAGGAGCUCAGCACAACACUGGACCAGGCUGAAAGCAUGCGCGAAACCUGGGAACCCAUUGGGGACCUCUUCAUUGACUCCUUGCCAGAGCAUAUCCAGUCAACCAAGCUGUUCAAAGAGGAGCUCUCCCCUAUGAAGGAUGGGGUGAAACUGGUCAACGAUCUUGCGCACCAGCUUGCGAUCUCAGAUGUCCACUUGUCCAUGGAGAACUCCCGUACGCUGGAGCAGAUCAACAUGCGCUGGAAGCAGCUGCAGGCCUCCAUAAACGAACGCCUGAAGCAGCUCCAAGACGCCCACCGGGACUUUGGACCAGGCUCCCAGCACUUCCUCUCCUCGUCUGUACAGGUCCCCUGGGAGCGAGCCAUUUCCCCCAACAAAGUGCCAUACUACAUCAACCACCAGGCCCAGACGACAUGCUGGGACCAUCCAAAGAUGACAGAGUUGUACCAGACGCUGGCGGAUUUGAACAACAUCAAGUUCUCAGCAUAUCGGACAGCUAUGAAACUACGACGUGUGCAAAAAGCCCUGCGAUUGGACAUGGUGACCCUGGCUACAGCCUUGGAAAUCUUCAAUGAGCAUGACCUCCAACCCAGUGACCGGGCGAUGGACGUGGUGGAGGUCAUCCACUGCCUGACCACCCUCUACGAGAGGCUGGAGGAGGAGCGGGGCAUCCUGGUGAAUGUGCCGCUCUGUGUGGACAUGAGCCUCAACUGGCUGCUGAAUGUCUUUGACAGUGGCCGCAGUGGGAAGAUGAGGGCUCUCUCCUUCAAGACGGGCAUUGCAUGUCUGUGCGGGACAGAGGUCAAGGAGAAGUUUCAGUAUCUCUUCAGCCAAGUGGCGAAUGCCGGGGGACUGUGUGACCAGCGGCACCUUGGUGUCCUGCUCCACGAGGCCAUCCAGGUCCCUCGCCAGCUGGGGGAGGUGGCAGCAUUCGGGGGCAGCAACGUGGAGCCCAGCAUCCGCAGCUGCUUCCGCUUUAGCAAUGGGAAGCCUACCAUUGAGGCAUCCCAGUUCCUGGAGUGGGCCAACCUGGAGCCGCAGUCCAUGGUGUGGCUGGCCGUGCUGCACCGGGUGACCGUGGCUGAGCAGGUGAAGCACCAGACCAAGUGCUCCAUCUGUCGACAGUGCCCCAUCAAGGGCUUCAGGUAUAGGAGCCUGAGGCAGUUCAAUGUGGAUAUCUGCCAGACUUGCUUCCUCACUGGGCGAGCCACCAAGGGCAACAAGCUGCACUACCCCAUCAUGGAGUACUACACCCCGACCACAUCCAGUGAGAACAUGAGAGACUUUGCCACAACACUGAAGAACAAGUUUCGGUCCAAGCAGUACUUCAGCAAGCACCCGCAGAGAGGUUACCUGCCCGUCCAGUCCAUACUCGAGGCUGACUUCUCUGAGACACCAGCAACCUCCCCGAUGUUACCACAUGCUGACACCCACUCCCGGAUCGAGCACUUUGCCAGCAGGCUUGCAGAGAUGGAAAGCCAGAACUGUUCCUUCUUCAAUGACAGCCUGUCCCCUGACGAUAGCCUGGAUGAAGACCAGUACCUGCUGCGCCAUUCCAGCCCCAUCACCGACAGAGAGCCUGGGGGCAGCCAGCAGGUUCCAGGAAGCCCCAACAUGGAUGACAAGGGAGAGCUGGAGCGAAUCCUGGCCCACUUAGAGGAUGAAAACAGGAUCCUACAGGGAGAACUGAGACGUUUGAAAUGGCAGCAUGAUGAGGCAGUGGAGUCUCCAACCUUGGCUACAGGGUCCCCUGAAUCAGUGCAGGACUCGCAUAAUGACGAGCUCCUGGCAGAAGCACGAAUCCUCCGGCAGCACAAGAGCCGCCUGGAGGCCCGCAUGCAGAUCCUGGAGGACCACAACAAGCAGCUGGAGUCCCAGCUGCACCGGCUGAGGGAGCUGUUGCUGCAGGUACUCUCAGAACAAGGAUCCAGAGAAGCCCAUCCGUGGGCCUCUUCGUUGGCUUCAUCUCCACAUCAGUCUGAAGGCAGUCAGGCAAAGGAGAAAGAGCGCAACACCCCUGACACCGAAGCUGCAGACGAGGUGGAAGCCAAAACCCAGGAAGUGAGCAUGUGCCUGGAAGACAUCAUGGAGAAGCUGCGGAGCGCCUUCCCCAACUCUCGAGGUACUGGAAUGAAAUCUCCCUCUCUGGUUUCUUACUGCUCACUCAGAUGAGAUUUUCCCCACGGAGCCCUGCCCCAAUCCCAGCUUCCCUGCA